AUGAAAGUGGCCGACGGCCACGUGGUGACAAUAGGUGGUCUGCGUGCCUUCACCACCUACGCUGUGCAGGUGGAGACCACCACCCGCCACCACCACUUGUCAACCAUCAGCAACAUCACCACCUUCACUACCCGCGCGGCAGUGCCCCCAACCCCCCGCGUCAUCGGGGUGACGGGGUUGGACCCCGAAACUCUGGCCGUUACGUUCGUGGCAGAGGCCGGUCUGCCUUACAGGAUUUUCUGGCAAUCCAGCCACGUCGUCGACAGCGUUGACAGACCUGCUGGCAGACCUGACGUUGACAGACCUGACGCUGACAGACCUGCUGACGGAACUGUUGCAGAAACCUCGGCCAGUAGUUCUGCCAGUGUGCGAGUGACAGACCGCGUCACGGGACUGCAAGGCGACACCAAGUACAGCGUGUGGGUGCGGCUGAUGUCAGCUCAGGACUCGUCUGUGUUCGCUGACUCCCCCGCGGUGGAGGGGCUGACGCUGCCCCCGCUGCCCCCCCUCCAUCUGGUCAACGCCAGCGCCCACUCGCUGACAGUCAGCUGGACGGCGCCCGCUGACAUGAGUGUGCUCAGACAUGCGGUGGACCACCUCCUCCCAGGGGCAGACCCCACUGCUGCAGAUGGGUGGUCUACACGCACUCUGGAGCAAACCUCCCCCAGCCACACGUUCACCCACCGCGUGGGGGGCCUCCCCCCUGGAUCCUCCCAGUUGUUCAGGGUGCGGGUGACCUACAACACCACCCUGCACACCUUCACAUGGCUGGGGGAUCCCCCAUUCAACUUCUCCACUCUAGAUGCCGCGCCCAGCGCACCAGGAGAGGUGCGCCUGCAGCAGGUGGGUUCCCCCGAGCACACCUGGCAGGCGUGGUGGGCCCCAGCGCGGGACCACGGGUCACCCGUCCUCGUAUACGAACUGCAGGCGGCGCCGCUGCCCACAGACGAGUCGUCUGAGAACUUCACCUCGCUCUACAACGGGUCUGCGAACCAUUGGGCGGUGUCUGGUCUGGACCCGGUGGGGGUGUACGUGUUGCGGGCCCGGGCCCUGAACGACGUGGGCUGGGGACCGUGGGGGGCAAGCAACCCCCUCCAUAUGAGUCACCUUGGGGCCUUCUACCCCACCUCCCCUUCUCUACCGACCAUCCUUGCAGCUGCCGUGCCUGCUGCGCUGCUGCUGCUCAUGCUCAUGCUGCUGCUGGUCUGCGGUGAGUGA